AUGGACACUACAACAGAUAUACUCGCCUCCACGAGCGGCAUCUUCGCGAGGAACGGAGUAUCCGACCCCAACGCUGCCGAGAGACCGCCCAUAUUUCGCGUCGUCGGUAUCAUCUUGGCCGUGUCGUCCGGAGCCUUUAUUGGAACAUCAUUCGUCUUGAAGAAGUUUGGAUUGCUCAAGGCCAACGAGAAAUACCAGGAAGUCGCGGCACUCUCCGUCGUCAUCGCCACCGUCCUUUCCGCCAUUUUCCUCAAGGAGCGGCUCAGUUUGGUCGGAAAAGUCGGCUGCUUUCUUUGCAUUGUCGGCUCCGUUGUCAUUGUCUUGAAUGCGCCGCAGUCCUCGGCCGUGGCCAACAUCCAACAAAUGCAAAGCUUUGUCAUUGCUCCCGGAUUCCUCAGUUACGCUGGCGUUAUCAUUGUGGGAUCCACCAUCGCCGCCCUCUAUGCGGGCCCGAGUGUGGUUGCCAUUCAGGGUCUUGGCGCGGCUAUCAUUGCGCAGGCGGGUGGCACGCCCCAAUUCAACCAGUGGUUCCUCUAUGUCCUCUUGGUGUUCGUCAUCGCCACGCUCCUCACCGAAAUCAUCUACUUGAAUAAAGCCUUGAACCUUUUCAACGCUGCGCUCGUCACCCCCACUUACUACGUUUACUUUACCUCGACCACCAUCAUCAGCUCCAUUGUUCUGUUCCGAGGCUUCAAGGGGACACCGAUUCAAAUCAUCACCAUUGUCAAUGGUUUCCUUACCAUUUGCGCCGGAGUCGUGCUAUUGCAGCUCUCCAAGUCCGCCAAGGAUGUACCGGACACGGCCGUCUUCAAGGGCGACCUUGAUCAAAUCCAGACCAUCGCCGAGCAAGAGCAGCCCGAGACCGAGCCCAAGGCGGACGCCAUCCGCGGCACUGCCGCCAUCGUUCGGCGAUUAUCACAGGCCCGCCAGCAGCGAGAGCUCGAGGAGCUGCGUCGACUUCAAGAGGAAAAGAGGGCGGAACAGCUGGAACCUGUCAACGAGGAUGGACCCCUUUACGAGUGGGACGGCUUGCGAAGGAGAAGAACAAUCGUGGUCGGCCGCGCGCCUGGCACUGCGUCAUCCUACCGGUCUUCGAACCUUGCGGUCCCCUUCUCCGAACCUCAGAGGACCCCGCAUCCUCCGCUCGGCAUGUCCCACUUCCCUUCUCCCGGCGAGGAACCCGAGCGCGAAAUUAUCCGCACGCCGAGCAUACUCUCCAGCAUCGCCGGCACUAUUCGUGGCCGCGCGCGCACUACAACUCCCUCCAAGUCAGAAUUUCCGUCGGACCUUAAAAUGCGAAGCCCAAUGCAUCCCGUGCCUUUAACCGAGAUUGCGGUGCAUAACCAAGCACCGGGACAAGGCGGUCUGUAUCCGAGGUCCCAGGAGCACACCUAUGGUCUCCCGUCUUCCCAGGACUCUCAAUACCACGGGGCGGGUGGCAUGCUUUCCGUACCCGGUUCCGAAAGUGCUCCAGAUCUCUCACCUCGACGCCAAUUCUCGUUCCAGAACCUAUUCAAGAGGCAUCACUCCCACUCACAUGCCGGAGACGAAGAGCUAGCGCGGCAACGGCCCACAUCAUCGGCUCGCGGUUACACCACCAUCCAGGCCAAGUCGGCGACGGAAGAAGAGCGGCUCGGCCUCGUCAAGGGCGAUUCUCAGGUCACGGUCGCGUUCCCUCCGUUCGUUGAAGAGGAGGAGGAAGGAUAUUUCGAUGAGGAGAAGUCUCGCGCCGCGGCUGGAGGCGCCGCUGAAUCCUCUCGGUACGGUCGAGGCAUUACAACACCGCCGCGGAGGAAGUGA